AUGCAAUCAGCAAAACAGACAGCUGCCGACGCCGCUGCCGUCGCCAAGGAGCACGUCGACAUUCUCAGAGCCAAAGCACAAGAAAAGGCGGAGAAAGCGGCGGCGCCGACCAAGGAAGGGAGAGAGAUUGCUCAUGAGAGGAGGAAAGUGAAGGAAGCCGAAGCGAAGAUGAAGAUGCACGCUGCCAAAGCCGACCACGCUGCUGACAAGCUUCACGCAGCGCAGCAUGGAGGGCUCUGUGGUAUUGGGUGCAACCACCCCCACCACGGUGGCAGAUAUCAGGAGCCAUAUGUUGGCUCUGCCUCCCCGCCAACUGUGGCUCCUGCGUAUCCGCCUGGUGGCUAUCCACCAGGCUGGAUUCCCCCAAAGUGA